GUAUCAACAGUAUCAACAGUGAGAAGAAUUAACAGAGAACUGUAUCAACGAGAUUAACAGAACAGUAUCAACAGUGUUAACAGAGAACAGUAUCAUCAGAGAAGCGCAUGAACGGUGUUAAUAUUAUUAACAAAAUGAAUAGAAGUCAGUAUCAACAGUAUUACCAGUGAACAGUGUGAACGGCUUUAACAGUGUUUACAAUAGUAACAGUAUUAAAAGAGACCAGUAUCAAUAGUAUUAAUAGAGAACAGUAUUAGCUGCAUUAACAGCGUUAACAUUAUUAACACUAGUAGCAAUUAACAGUAUUAAGAGCAUUUACUGAUCAGUUGAUUAUGGUUUUGUUGAACCUUUAAUCUCUAACUAUAUAUUCUUCCUGUAUGUUGGCUCAGCUCUAGGUUAUGUCUCUGCUCGUGUACAUUUUAAUAAGUUCCUCAUUCACUCACCUCACCAAGGCGUAGAGAGAAAGAUGAAGUAAAGCUUUUACUCUUCAGGAACUUCAUAUCAAGUCCUUCACCUCUAUCACUUCUGGAGGAGAACAUGACUGGAUCCUGGAGACUAUUCCUGCUCUGUAGUCUCCUGCAAGGUGCUGGGUGCAUUGGAAAAUUUGAGGUCCUAAUGCAGGCGAGGGUGACGACACUCAGUGGAUCCUGUGUUACCGUUCCUUGUUCCUUCACCGUGGAGGACGGGUAUAAAGACAAGCUACUUCCUGAAUGUAUACCAACAUGGCGAAAAGAUAAAAUAACUUUCAGUACUACAACAUUCAAGGGAAAUCUAACAGCGUACAACUGUACUACAACAUUCAAUGAUGUACUUGAAGACAAUGGUCAAUAUGAUUUAAGAAUUGACUGUGGAAAUCCAUUAAAAUAUAAUUUUGAAAAAAAAACAGUGACCAUCCAGAUCAAGGGGCUCCCUGAUGCACCUCGUUUGACCACCCCCAAGGAGCCGGUGGUGGAGGGGACUCCUGUGGAGCUGGGGUGCUCUGCCCCGUCCUACUGUGACACCCACCCCCCCACUGUGACGUGGACCCCCGCCCUGGGGCCCAGCACCCAGCUCCAGCAGGACGAUACCGUGACCUCCACUCUGACCUUCAACGCCUCCCACCUCCACCAUGGAAACAAUGUCUCCUGCACUGCGGCCUACUACAUACCAUCUGGGAACAAAACUGUGACGUCUACGAGAUACCAACUCAGUAUCUCAGAUGCCCCCAGGAACACCUCUGCUGUCGGCAGCCUGUGUCUUCCAGCCAGAGAGGGAGGCUGCCUGAACCUGACCUGCUCCAGUCAUGCUAACCCUGCUGUCAGCGAGGUCACCUGGUACCGAAUACACGGAGAACACAUCCUUAAGAUCGGGAGUGGAUCUUCUCUGUCCAUCCAGCUGUCGAACUCCAGUAACGUUUUCUUCUGUGAGGUCCGGAAUGUCUUUGGCACAGAAAUGUCUAAUGUCUACAAGAUCGACAUUCAAACUCCUCCCAGGAUCCUGCCCUCUUCAGGCUGCAGCAGAAUUGCAGCCUGGGUGCGAUGUUCCUGCGACAGCGUGGGCAGACCAUCACCGUCUCUGGAGUGGCGGUUGGAUGGGAAACUGGUGUCGGGUUCUGAAGACGUGUCUGUUAGCCAGGUCAACCUGGAGAACCCCACGUUGAGGAGCUCCCUCACAAUGAGGGCCCCUGCUGGUCCGACAGCCUUGACCUGCCACAGCUCCAACGCUGCCGGGAACACCAGCCAGGAGCUUCCUGUCCCCCACCUGGAUACACAGCCAACCCUGACAGACCAACUGCCCUGGAUAGCUGCUACAGCAGUGCUAGCCGCGGGUCUGCUGUUUGCAACAGCGUUUGCCGUGAGAGCUUGGAAGAUGGCCAAACAAACAAGACUUGGCAGUGAUGCUCUACUCAACAAAGCUCCACCCAACCAAGGGAACUCCCAGGUGUUCUUCAGAAGUGGGGAGGACAUCUAUGCUAACAUUGAUACACUGAUGAACACGGUCGGACCAAGAGAGGAGCCUGUUGGAGCAGGAGAAGAUGCUGUUGGACUGGGAGAAGGGGCUGUUGGACUGGGAGAAGGGGCUGUUGGACUGGGAGGAGGGGCUGCAGCAGACAGGCAGGUGGCGGACUGUGAUGUCCUGUACGCAACAGUGAACUGGAAGAAGAAGUCCAAGAAAAAAGAGAUCUGA